UGUCAAAGACUCUGGGCAAGCUCUCCCCGCCCCUGUGUGUAAAGAGGCCCAGUGACAGCUCAGAGAAUGUGUGUGCUCGAGCAGGCUCAUAAACCACAAAGCUCUGGCUUUACACAGAGGUUGCACACACUCCUAGUCAUGACUGUCAGGAUAUCUGAUUUGGAAUAUUAAGCAUAUUUCUUACUUUGUAAUCCCUAUUUGGAAAUGGAGACCCUUCUUGCAAAGGCUCUGUUUGAUAACGUUGCAGAGUGUCCUGAUGAACUGGCAUUCCGAAAGAGCGACAUUGUCACAGUGAUGGAUCAAAAUGUAGUUGGUAGCCGUGGAUGGUGGAAGUGCUCAUUGUAUGGACGUCAAGGUCUGGCCCCUGCCAACCGGCUGCAGAUCCUACCCAAGGUGCUAAGUGCUGAACAUUCAAAAUCACCCAACUGCCAAAACAGUGACAGUCCCCAGAAUAUCUAUCAAAUCCCAAGUGGACCCAGACUGUCCACCACAUCAUCUUAUGAAUGCAUGGACAGGAUCUAUAAGAUCCCCUCCAGUCCUUUGUCCAAGAGUCCUCUCCCUUCCCCACUCAAGAAAAGCACAGAAAUACUUGAGGGAAACAGCAAGGCUUUGGCCCCUAGCAUCCUCUCUAGUCCCAAGGGGGAGGUUUAUGAUGUCCCAAGCCUUGGCAGAGGGGCGUCUCUGUUAACUCCAUCACAAAGGCAACCUUUGGAAAGAAAGGCCUCCCUGAUUAAAACCUCAGAGUUGGAGAGGAGAUUUCAUACCUUGGGUAUAAAGAGCGACAAUUCAAGUGAUUCCUAUGUAUAUGCAGUUCCACCACCUGUAUCCCAGGAUCCUAGCUACGAUAUUCCUGUGCCCUCAUCUACUGAAGCUCAACAGAGACUGGCAAGUGGGUACAACACCCUUCCCAACCCUCGUAAAUCCGAGUGGAUCUAUGAUGUACCCAUGUCUCCUGAGAAGCCUGGUCACGAGCAGGGUUACAAUGGUACCAUGCCCAGCAAAGUAAUGAGCCCAGCAAGGCAGCUCUACGACACUCUACCAGCACAUGUCUGGCCUGUGCGAAGCCCAAGCUCUGCUCUUUCUCUCUAUGAUAUACCAAAACCUUGCUCCAAUCAAACAAGAAAGGACCAAGACGCCCACAGUCCACCAACAGUGAUUCCAAGGGUUCCCACAUAUGACAAACCACCUGUACAGAAGCUGUCCGAGGACAGUGUGUAUGCAGUGCCACCACAGGAGCAGUCUUCCAUUCGACGCCUCAGCGACUCCUACAAAGGCCACGUGCCCCUGGAGUGCCGAGGAGACACUGGUCCCAACUACGACCACUCCAGAGGGCGCAUGCAGCGUGGCAGGAUGGACUUGGUGUCAGCUUCUCUGCGUAACCGGCCAGGGACCAGGGGCUCACUGGUUCAGGAGGAGGACAAGAGAAGCAGUGCUUCACACAUGUCAGCGACUGACAGUCAGAGAAGUAGCACAGCCUCCAGCUCCUCCACCAGCUCCUGUGACUCCCUGGCUCUGAGUUCCUCUUCUCCAGAGCCUCUACGGGAGGUUACCCUCAGCCAGGAGGAGGUAGGCCGCAGACUUCUGGUGCUCCAGGAAGCUGUGUGCAGGGCUGUUCCCAAGCUCAUGGAUUUUGUCAGUAGCCGCUGGAGGAGCAAGGAGCACCUGGGGAAACACUUGAAGGAGAUCAAAGGUGCAGCAGAGAGAAUCACAUGCUCUGUGACCGUGUUUCUGGACUUUGCCUUGGACCUCAAGGGCAAUGCCCGUCGUCUAACUGAUGCCAACCUGCAGGCCAGGCUCAACAAGCAGCUUUCCAUCUUGGAGGACUCAGGUCUGAUCUUGCAGAAGGCCAUGAGUGCUCUAAAUGUGGCUGGAUGGCCUCUGGAUACUCUUUCCCAGGACCCAGGACAAGCUCAGACACCUGAUCCGCUCGAGCGCUUUGUCAUGGUGGCCCGUACUGUGCCAGAGGAUGUCAAGCGACUGGUGUCCAUCCUCAAUGCUAAUGGGAAGCUUCUGUUCAGGUCUGUGCCAAGAGAACCAGACAAUCCCAAUUCCACAAUUUUACCAGAAACAAAGAAGUGUCACAAUGAGACUGAACAAUUGGAUGAUCUCGUGGAAGAUGAAAAUGAUUAUGUUCAAUUACAGACUAAAACAGAGUUUGAAAAACAACAGAAAAUAGCACAGGGGAAGCCAAUGAUUGAGCCGAAAGGGGGUUCCAAAAAGCCAAAGGAGGACCAGCCACAACCUUCCCAAGAAGCUCAGGUUGAUGUGGAGGGACCAAGAAGAGCUGUACUUCCAGAACACUGUCGUUUAUAUUUUGGUGCUCUACAGAAGGCCAUAAGUGCGUUUGUGAACAGUCUAGUAGAUGGCCAGCCACCUGAGAAUUUCAUAUCCCACAGUAAGUUGGUGAUCAUGGUGGGCCAAAGACUAGUGAACACCCUGUGCAGGGAGGCCCACAGUGGAGAGACUAGCCAGAGCCUGCUGUGUCAGUGCAACCACCUGUGUGCACUCCUAAAACAGCUGGCUGUGGCCACCAAGAAGGCGGCUUUGCACUUCCCAGACACAACAGCCCUAGAUGAAGCCCAGAACUUUGCAAAGGAGCUGGCCCAACAAGCACAGCACUUUCGGAAUUCGCUGGACAUAUGAAAGUGCACUGUGAACUGCUGUCUCAUGGUCUCAGUAAGCCACUGGUAUUAUAAACAUCUUUUUUUCUGGUUUGAUAGCUAAAUUCAACCACUGUUGUCUCUAAACUUCCCUGACCAAAAUAUUUUAUAUGUUUCAUAAUUAUUUCUAUAAAUAUAUUUAAAAAUGAAAAUAUUGUUCAAUGUUGAAAGAAAAUGCCACAAGACCCCUACAUAAAAGGGUUUUAGAAGAGGUUUGUAGUGACUAGUAAUAUUACAUUGGUAAAUGUAACAGUACACAUAUCAUCUGUGAUAAAAGACCAGCAUAUCAGAUGAAGCCAAAUCGAAUUUUACUUAGGCACCAUGUUCGUAAAAGUAAUGUGUAAUUAUGUGAUUGAUUUCUGUAUAUUUGAAUGUUAUUACAGCAAUUAAUGUAUAAUAAUGUUUUUAUUUGUGUUUUUUAUAUCAGACUUUUGUUUCACCGCCAAUAUUUGCUUUAAGAUGUUGUUUUUUGUAUCCCAAUAUGCUGUAUGAUUGCAAUUUAAUUUAGAAUAUAAACACAUUCAUACUAUUAGGAAUAAAA